AUGGGAAGACUGUGGGCUCUGGCAGCCCUGCUGCAGGUGCUGCUCACACACACUGCCACGAUCUCUGCAUCCUACGCGUGCCUAGAGGAGCAGGACACGAACGCCACCAACGAAGCCCUGCACAUCAUCAACGAACUACAUCACCACGGCUACAAGUUCCGGCUGGUGAGCGUGGACAGCCGCACAGCUCAGGAGAAGGCAGAUCCCUGUGAGGUUGUGCUGGCUCUGACCUUAGAGGAGACCAAGUGCCACAUUGUGAACCCUGAACCUUUUACCAACUGUGAGCUCAGAUCAGAGGCAGAAACGAAAGUGAUAGCAAAAUGCAACGUGACUAUGUGUGGAGGUGAACAUCCAGGCAUCAAAAAGUACACCUGUGACACAGAGCCAGCUCUGCUACACAUCUGCCCUGACUGCCCCAUUCUGCUGCCCCUGCACGACCCCAAAGGCCUGGAGAGCGUAAAAGCUGCCCUGGAGAUGUUCAACAGCGAGUCCAACCACACCUCCUACUUCAAACUGCUGGAAGUGGGAAGAAUAACUUCACAGCAUAACAUGAUGUUCGGACAGAGCUAUUUUGUCCAGUUUGCCAUAGUGGAGACUGAGUGUGCAGACAGCGUGAAAACUGAGGGAAAAAAUGCAUGCAAACCACUCUGUGACAAGGAAGCUGAUUAUGGAUUCUGCCAAGCCACUCAGCUUGGAAACAGUGUUCUGACUGUAGAUUGUGACAUUUAUGAUGCUCAGAACACAACACACCACCACCAUCAUCCAUUCUACAGAAGGCACUGUGGGCACCGUAGAGGUCACCACCAUCACAAAGGUCACCACCACCACCACCACCACCACCACCCUCCUGGCCAUGGCAAACGUCCAGACCAUGCUGGUUCUGGCCAUGACAAACGUCCAGCCCAUGCUGGUCCAGGUCAUGACAAGCAUCCAGACCACACAUUUCCCCCAGGUCAUCAAGGAUCCAGUGAUCCAGAGUUCCCCUUCCCAGAAUGCCAUGGGUUUGUGAAAAUACCCCCUUCCAUCCACCCCAUAUGUCCGUUCCCACCUACCUUUAUGAGACGGCCUCAAAAGGCCCACGCCUGAGACUGACCUCCAGUAGAACGAAGCUCUUCUUCUACUGGACAGAAGAACACACGUCAUGAGAUUUUAUCAAACA